GAUGGUUUGCGACGCAAAAUACGUCAUUACCAACGUCGUCGCAAGAUGGCCCGGAUCAGUCCAUGAUGCACGAAUCCUUAACAUGAGCCACCUUGGAGAGUUUCUGCAAAACAGAAGGGAAAGUGGUUAUCUCUUGGGAGACAGUGGCUACCCCCUAAGACGAUGGAUUCAAACCCCAUUUGGUCAAGACAAAGAUGACACACCUGCGAAGAAAGCCUAUAACAGGGCACAUGCACGGACACGAUGUUUGAUUGAAAUGAUGUUUGGACAGCUGAAAAACAAGUUCAGGUGCUUGAAGGGGCAUGGGAUGCAGAUGGAACCAAGGAGAGUCUGUGAUGUUGUUGUUGCAUGUGCAGUCUUGUACAACAUAGCUAAGUUAUUAAAUGAACCACCAGACGAAGAAGAAGAAGCGGAUCAACAGCCUGAAAAUGAAGAGGGAAGAAAUGAUGAAGUCAAUGUGGAAGAAAAUGAUGAUCAUGAGUACCAGGUUGGCCAGAUGGUACAAAUGGAUAUUGUUAAUGAUUUCUUUACAUAGUCUAAUUCAUAUAUAUUUCUUUCAGACCAAGACUUGACCCAAACAUAAAAUUGACAAAUCAUAUACCGAUUAAAAGCUUAUAAACUACUGAAUAAACAAUGUACCGGUAA